AGUGACGGGGAGCGUAGCGGAAGUUCCUCUAGCCUCGGUGUUGUUCUGUAGGGAAGAGAGACGAAUUUAUAAACCCCGAGCAAGGUUCUGCUUGCCCGAGGUCGCUGCUGUGCGGAGACCCCGAGGUGAAGCCACUGUCACCAUGUCUGACCAGGAAGCGAAACCUUCAACUGAGGACUUGGGGGAUAAGAAAGAAGGCGAAUACAUUAAACUGAAAGUCAUUGGACAGGAUAGCAGUGAGAUUCACUUCAAGGUGAAAAUGACAACACAUCUCAAGAAACUCAAGGAAUCAUACUGUCAGAGACAGGGAGUUCCAAUGAAUUCACUCAGGUUUCUCUUUGAAGGUCAGAGAAUUGCUGAUAAUCACACUCCAAAAGAACUGGGUAUGGAGGAAGAAGAUGUGAUUGAAGUAUAUCAGGAACAAACAGGGGGUCAUUCAACGGUUUAGAUAUUCUUUAAUUUUUUUUCUUUUCCCUUAAUCCUUUUUUAUUUUUAAAAAUAGUUCUUUUGUAAUGUGGUGUUCAAAACGGAAUUGAAAACUGGCACCCUAUCUCUUUAAGACGUCUGGUAUUUUGAAUUAUAGUGCUCAAUUAUCGUUUGUUUUCAUUGUGCUGAUUUUGGUGAUCAAGACUCAGCCCCCUUCAUAUAGCCCUCUCCUUUUAAAAAAUUACAUGUGUGCACAGAGAGGUCACCUUUUCCAGGACUGUGCAUUUUCAGGCUUGUGGUGAUAAAUAAGAUCGACCAAUGUGAGAGUGUUCAUAAUGACUUUUCCAAUUGGCUCUGAGGUUCUAGCAUGAUUGCUUCACUCCUGGACUGUGACUUUCAGUGGGAGAUGGAAGUUUUUUAGAGAACUGAACUGUGGAAAAAUGACCUUUCCUUAACUUGAAGCUACUUUUGAAAUCUGAGGGUCUGGACCAAAAGAAGAGGAAUAUCCGGUUGGAAUCAAGAUGACAGAUAUGGUGUGAGUAAUGAUGAACUCCAAAGAUGGCUUCACUGAAGAGACAAAGCAUUUUAAGAAUGAAAACAAUCUUGUCAGAAGAUCCCAGAAAGGUUCUGAUUUUCAUUAACAGUUAAUAAAGUUAUUCAUGCAGAAGUGUAUACGACAGAACACUGCUCUUUUUGAUUUUAUUUGUACUUUUUGGCCUGGGAUAUGGGUUUUAAAUGGACAUUGUCUGUACCAGCUUCACUAAAAUAAACAUAUUUGUAAAAACCA